UCUGUGCAUCUGGGUUGCAGUGUGUGAUGCACAGGAACUCAAGAUGACACACAGUGCCAGGGGCAUUUCUAUCAUAGUGCUGCAGGAAGUGAAAGAAAGUUGCUGUUGGGGAGUUGUCGCCUUUAUCUCAGAAAUGAAGCUGCUUCUUCUCCUUCUUCUGGCUGCCAUUCCAGAUACAUCCAGUUUGUCAACAGAAAGGGCCUUUACCGGCUUGGUUGGAGGAUCCAUCAGUGUCCCCUGUCACUAUGACAUGAAGUACAGAGACCAUGUGAAGUACUGGUGUAAAGGGUCUAAAUGGACAUACUGUGACAUUUUGAAACAGACUGACUCCCCCCCUCGUCAUAGUAAUAAAAUAUCAAUCAGUGAUGAUAGAACGGGAGGAGUGUUCAUUGUAACUAUGAGAAGACUGGAGAAGAAUGAUACAGCCUGGUACUGGUGUGCUAUAAAACUGGGAGGCAAAAAAGAAGCUGAUCAACAAUUUUAUCUGUACCUAACAGUUACAGAGGGAACCCCCGGCCUGUCUGUCACAAGUAACUUGAUAACGGGAAGUGAAGGAGGAUCAGCCAGUGUCUCCUGUCAAUAUGCUCAGCUAUACACAAAGCAUGUAAAAUACUGGUGUGGCGGGAGAGAAUGGGCCUCCUGUAAGACUCUAGUACGAACUGACACUCCCCAAACAGAAGGAGAGAAGGUAUCAAUCAGUGAUGAUAAUGGUAACCUCCCCAGAUUCUUCAAUGUGACAGUGAGGAGACUGGAGAAGAAGGAUGCAGGCUGGUACUGGUGUGCUAUACAGAAAGGAGGGGCUGAUGAAAGGAUUCCACUCUACCUCACAGUUACUGACAACAUAGCCACAAAGUCAAAAACAACUAUUCACACCUCAGUCUCCAUGUCAACCAUUGAUGAAAUACGGACCCAAACUACAAAUGUCAUACUGCCAAACAAUACCCCAGGAAACACCACCAGUACUUUCUCAGACAGCGGCUCUACACAAGUAGCUCUCAUGGUGGCAAUUGGGAUUCUUGUUUUUUUCUUGGUAAUCGCUGUCAUUUGCGUAAUAAAGUAUAUACAGAUCAAACAGGGUAUAGUGAGAAAGGUGUCUCAGCAAGAGGACGUUGACCAGAGAGUGGACAGCCUCGCUCUUACAGGACAACCUGCGGGGGAAGAAGUCACCUACACUGCAGUGUCGUUUCAGAAGAAAAAGCAAACCAUGAGAAAAGAAAAGCCCUCUCAGAUACCUGGAGAGGCCACUACAUACGCCACACUGGAAUUCCAGAAAAGGGAUUCACCCACAGGAGAUAUGGGAACGGUUUGCAAUGCACAGCCUUUUGAUGCUGCCUCCGCUCUCUAUGCAACUGUUGGUAAAAAAACCAACCGCCCAUGAGAAGUGCCUUCUGCGCUCCCAGACUUGCAUCAAUAAACCUGUAUAAUGCAAACUUAAAGAGAUGAUAAAAACUCAUAAUCCACAUCCAUUCUAGGACCUUAAAAGACGCCCAAACUAUUGCCUGGAUUCUCAUACGUCUGUGUGCAGCUUACCCAGCUCUCCGAGAAUGAGAAACUUAAUGAGGAUAUUGUACAGUAUGUAUAAACUCAAAUGACCCCGAUGAGGCUGGUUCUAUGAGAUGUUGUAGAUAUGUGGCACAAGUGCAUAAUAGUGUACAAUAAUAUUUUUCAUCCAAGUAAAGCUUGAAACUGAAGCCACCUGUAAAUCAUUGGGAUCCAUUAAGAUCUGACAACAUUUUGUGAUCAAUCAGCUUCUAGAACCGGACAAGCAGUGAUUGGGCAAUGGCUUUCUUUCAGUCAUAAAUAGUCAAAUGUGUUAAAUGAUUUCCACUUUUAUGGCAGUAUUAUUGUUAGUAUAAGAGACUAUGGGCCCAAUUCACAUACUAGUGGUAAAACUGGAGUUAAGCUUGAAGGUGUGUUAGUAAUACACCUUCAGUCUUUACUCCUGGCUCCGCUGUAAUUCAUGGUGUUAGAUCAGCUCUCAUGAACAAUUAAUUUGCAUUAAUACCACUCUUUUUACCAUGAUAGUGGGACUCUUACCUCAUUAUCUCCUUUAAUUAAAUGCCCACACUUAUUACCUGCAGUACAGCUAGCUGUAGGCACAUUGAUAUAAUAUGCCUUUGCUUUAAUUAAAAGUUGCUCAACAACAGAGCACAUUUUUACACUGAUGUUCUAAUAUAACUUUGUUACAUGCGUUACUUCUAAUGUUUUUUUUCCCACUUUCCAGCAACAGCAAUGUGAAAUGUAUUAUCCCAUGCUGUGCACGCUUUUCUGUGAUUAAUCAUUUGUUUAGUGAUAUUAAAAAUGUGAAUUAUUAUUUUUGUCCUUACAUGUUGAGGCACAGAGAAAAUGCAUGUCUGAGAUAUCAGCAUUCAAUUCAUAUUUUUUUCGUCAUACUCCCUGUAUAUUAAAACAGGCUGGACCAAGACCAAACUGGCCAAACGGGGCACACAUGUAAACCGUCUUAAAAACUACACCCACUGUUACUCCUCUAUAUUAAAAAGAAUGAUCAUUUUAUGAAUUCUUUUUAAAAAAAAAAUAAAAUAACAUGCUUCCGGACCAAAGCAAAAGUGCCCGGAUGGUAUAGUUUUCAAGACAUUUUGUAUUGUUUUAGUGCCCUGUCUGGGCAGUUUUGUCUUUGUCCAGCUUUCAAGCACUUCCAUUAAAACAUAUUUGCUGCUACAGCUGAAUUGCUUUUAGUUGAAUAGAUUACUAAUAACUAUUUAAUUAUAUUUGAAAAUCAAGGAACAAAACACGGCCAAUCAAAGGAAGACAUCAUUUGGAAAUCAAUAUUGCAGAUAUGCAGUCGGUCAAACCAAAAGGGGAGUGGGUAAAAGGUGGACCAAGGCAAAAGUGCCCGGAUGGGGCAUUAAAAGAUAUUUGGUCAUCUUAAAACCUUCACCAAAGUAUUACUCCUUCCCUAUAGUCUACAUAUGAAAAAUAAUGGUUAUUAUAGCACCCCAUAUUUUUUUUAAUUAUAAAAAAUGCCAAAAGUGUCUGGACGGGACAUUAAAAGGGGUCUGAUCAUCUACAUCAAACUGUUACUUUCUCCCCAUGGACCACAUCGACCACUUUCAGGGGUCUGAAAAUCUACAUCAAACUGUUACUUCUUCCCCAUGGACCACAUAUCAACAAUAAUAAUUAUUAUAGCAGUUUCCCUGUUUUUUUAAAAAAAAAUACAUUUCCAAGCUACAUUUCAUGGUGUGAAAGAACAGCUUCCUGUAAUAGCAUAAUAAAAAAGAACUAAAAGUAGGCUGGGCAGGCAGAUAUGAAAUAGAAAACAAACAACUCAUGUAAUGUAAGAUAAGGAGGCUUUACUGUCGCUGCGCCCCUUGUAAGCAAGUUAAGUAAUCAUUGUAAUAAUAAUAAAGCGUAUAGAAUGGCAGUCCAGUAUCAGCUACAUGCUCUGUUAUAGAAGCAGAAGACACUUCCAGAGCUAAUUUCAAAAAUUCUUUGGAGGGCAGAUACUAAUUAAAACCCUUGUGGAAAUAAAAAUCCAAUCAACUAGAAAUAAUAAAAAAUAAAUAAUUGGGAGAACAGACACUGCAUUUUUAAAAAUAUGUAUAACCAAAAUUCAUAUUUAUACACUGGAUGUGUGCAUAUUUGCA